UUUUAAGUAAAAACCCCUCUGCACUCUCCAUCUGUCGACCUCUCUCUCUGGAACUCUCUCCCUCCUCUCUUUCAACGUCAUAACCACCGGAACCCGCCAUUCACAGCCACCAGAAUCCUCCCAUUCCUCUCGACCACCCAUCUGAACUCAUGCUUUUCUUCUUCCACUGAAGGUUUCUAUCGAAGCUCGAACUCUUGAAGUCGUCAUCCACUCCUUGAUAGCCCAUCGUUCGCUGCUCUCAGUUCCUAUCGCCGCUGUUGGACUUGGUCCGUCCGAACACCGAGGCAAUCUUCAGAUUUCAUGGAUCAACCUGCUAGAAAUGAGCAUAUAAUUCAAUGAGACCAGACCAUACUUAAAAGUUUCGGUAUACGGUCAGUCUAUUUAAGGUCCAAGUUUUCAGUUUCCGGUUCAUCUUUAUGGCCUACAAACUGUUUGGCACUGGUUCUUGGUUUGGGACCUAACCCCGUCAAACUGGAAUGAACUUUUAAUCGGUAGACAGGCCCUUUCAACCCCCAAGCAUCCCUCAUCCUUUUGAAUUCUAAGUUCAUUCCUCAAUGGCUAUAACUAUAGUUUCAAAUAUGCAAACCCAACGGCUAAUUUUGAGAAAUGUAGCUCCCAGAACCCUCACAACCUUCACAAAACCAACCAAGUACUCACUCUUUCACUCUCAUAGACCUCAUUCUUUUGCUUAUUGUCCACCAAAUGACCUGGAACUUGGUCUUAAAAGUAUGCAAUCCCAAGAACUCUGUAGUAGUACAAGCCAAGAACCGUUUUCGUCAGCUUCUCUAUCAGAUUCUCUUUUGGUGGAAAAGAUUUUAUUAGGUUUGAAGCAAGGUACCCUCACGUCCUUGCGCAGUUUUCGGUUAAACCCAUUUCUUAUUGUUGAAGUUCUUUCUCGCUGCCGUGAAAAUUUGCAACUGGGUCUGAAGUUUGUUGAUUUGAUUCUGUUAAAUAGCCAUAAUUUUAAACAUUCGUCAGAAUCUCUGAGUGCAAUGAUUCACAUGUUGGUGCGUGGUCGAAGGGUGUCGGAUGCACAACCUCUGAUUCUUAGAAUGGUUAGAAAGAGUGGCAUUUCGCGUGUUGGAGUGGCAGACUCUUUGGUUUCAACUUAUAGCAGUUGCGGCUCAAGUUCUUUGAUCUUUGAUCUGUUUGUUAGAACGUAUGUGCAGGCUAAGAAGUUGAGAGAAGGAUUUGAGGCGUUUCAGGUGUUUAGAAGAAAGGGAUUUUGUGUUUCGAUAAAUGCUUGCAAUAGUCUUCUUGGUGGGCUUGUGAAGGUCGGGUGGUUUGAUUUGGCAUGGGUGGUCUACGGGGAAGUUGUUAGCAGUGGGAUUCAGUUAAACGUUUAUACACUAAAUAUAAUGGUUAAUGCCUUAUGCAAAGCUCGCAAAAUUGAGAGCGUUAAAUUCUUCUUAUCGGAUAUGGAAGAGAAGGGGGUGUUUUCAGAUAUUGUGACAUAUAAUACACUAAUCAAUGCAUAUUGUCGCGAAGGGCUUCUAGAAGAAGCUUUUCAGUUAAAGAACUCUAUGUCUUCUAAGGGGUUGAAACCUGAGCUUUUCACGUACAAUGCUAUCAUGAAUGGUUUAUGUAAAGUAGGAAAUUAUGCAAGAGCAAAGGAACUGUUGGAUGAAAUGUUGCAAGGUGGAUUGAAUCCUGAUACUACUACUUAUAAUACAAUGCUUUUUGAGAGCUGUAGAAAAGGUGAUAUUUUAGAGGCUGAGGAAAUUUUCCAUGAAAUGUCACUGAGAGGUGUUGUUCCUGAUAUAGUUAGUUUCAGUUCACUUAUUGGGGUUUUUUCGAGGAACAAAAAUAUUGAUCGUGCGUUACUAUAUUUUCGAGAUAUGAAAAGGGCAGGCUUGGUUCCAGAUAAUGUGAUCUACACCAUUCUUAUAGAUGGAUAUUGUAGAAAGGGAAUGAUGUUAGAGGCUUUGAAGCUGCGUGAUGAAAUGCUUGAGCAAGGUUGCACUAUUGAUGUGGUAACGUUCAAUACAAUUUUAAAUGGACUGUGUCGAGAGAAAAUGCUUUCUGAUGCAGAUGAGCUUUUCAAUGAAAUGUUGGAAAGGGGUGUCAUUCCUGAUUUUUAUACUUUCACAACGCUCAUUCAUGGCUAUUGCAAGCACGGGAAUAUGACUAAAUCUCUCAAUCUGUUUGAUGCAAUGACUAAUGGAAAUAUUAAGCCUGAUAUUGUCACAUACAACACAUUGUUUGAUGGCUUCUGCAAACUAGGUGAAAUGGAUAAAGCUAAGGAGUUAUGGGGUGACAUGGUUUCAAGAAGGAUAUUACCCAAUCACAUUUCAUAUGGCAUCCUAAUCAAUGGAUUUUGUAGCUUGGGGAACGUGCAUGAGGCGUUUAGGUUGUGGGACCAGAUGAUUGAAGAAGGCAUCAAACCCACUCUAGUUACUUGUAACACUGUCAUUAAAGGUUAUUGCCGCUCUGGUGACACAACAAAGGCAGAUGAGUUCUUAGGCAAAAUGAUUUCAAAAGGAGUUGUUCCUGACAGUAUUACUUACAACACUUUGAUUAACGGAUAUGUAAAAGAAGAGAAUCUGAACAAAGCAUUUUCCUCAGUUCAGGAGAUGGAAAAGCAAGGGAUACUGUCGGAUCAGUUUACAUACAAUAUAAUUCUAAAUGGGUUCUGUAGGCAAGGUAGAAUGCACGAAGCCGAGCUAGUAUUGCGGAAGAUGAUUGAGAGAGGUGUAAAACCUGAUAGAUCCACUUAUACGUCAUUGAUAAAUGGACAUGUGACCCAGGACAAUUUGAAGGAGGCAUUUCGGUUCCAUGAUGAGAUGCUUCAAAGGGGAUUUGUGCCAGAUGAUGAAUUCUAGUUUGCUCUUGCAGCUGAAGAUAUUUACUUGAGGAGAUGAAGAAACCUUCUUCCUUCAAAUGUAAGUCCAUGUUUCAGUAGUACGUACAGUGAUGGCUAGAAGACAUAUUAUUCCAGGAAUGGAGCCAGAUUCAGUCCGGUGAGAUCAGAGAGUUGAAGCAGGUUAGAUGACCACUCUAGCAUAUUCGAGAACCUCUGUUGCAGGGAAGACUGGAGAGGCUGGACUCACUGCCCAGUGCUGUAAGGUUAUAAUUUGUGAACUCCAAGCUCAUCUCGCUCUUUUGGAUGACUAACGAGCCAUCUCAAAAAAACAGAGACUAAUUACACUGAGUGAUGAUUUUGAGGAAUACCAAAAGCAAAAGAAAAAUUGCACAUCUGAAAAAUAAGGUGUGACUGGCCUGAUGAAGCCAGUACGAAGCCAGUACGAAUGUGCCCUCAUCAGUCAUCAGUCAUCACAGUGUGCUGCAAAAAUGGCACCCUGCAAUAAUUUGGGAGGAGAGGCCGGGGGAGCCAUCUACAGGCUUUUGUAAUGUUGGUAUCGGCAGCUGUUUUCGGAAUUUGACGUGACAGGUUGUGAAAAAUUCCUAAUAUCGAUCGGUUUUACAAAUCCAUUGAGAACAAAAAUUGUGAAUCUUCAAAUUCCUUUACUAUUUAUUUUCAUCAAUUCUCUUGUAAAUUAGAACGAUGCUACAAAAAAAUUCCAUUAUAUAUGAUCACUGUUAUUAUUA